UUUAAGUCGAACCCUUAUGGUACAGUACAGGGAAGUCUUCAGUGAGCAAAACAAAAGCAAGCUAGCUAGCUCUAUAGAUUUCCUCUCAUUACACAGAAGUCAGACAUCUAGUUAUUUACUCAGUAUGGAAGAUCAGGAGAUGCAACUCAAAGUAAAACGAGUAACGGAUAAAUUUACGGAAAGCAUGUACGUGUUGGCCAACGAACCAUCGGUGGCACUUUAUCGUUUGCAAGAACACGUGAGGAGGUCACUGCCGGAGCUCGUGCAGCAUAAAACCGAUAUGCAGAGCUGGGAGGAACAGAGUCAGGGAGCCAUUUACACUGUGGAGUAUGCAUGCAGUGCAGUGAAAAGUAUGACAAACAGCAGCCUCUACUUCAAAAGCAUUGAGGGACUGCUCCGCCAGACCAUCAGCAUGAAAGACCACAUUAGCGCUACCCAAGGGCGCAGGAAGAGAGCCGUGGAAGGCACCGGGCUGAAGGAGGGGGGAGAGAGGCACGGCUCUGGGGUCUGAAAGAUACUCCAGCUCCAGAGGACCAACAGCGGCAAACCUGGCAGCCAUCCCCAGGCACAGUGGAGCACUCCACCACUCUUAAGCACCAUCUGAAUUAUCCACCAGCCAAGCACCAGAAUAGAGAACCGCUUUCCCGGAAUGUUUCGCCACCUCUCUUGUGUGUGAGUGAGAGAAAGCAUACACUUGAAUGGGUAUUGAGAUGCAUGCCACUUAUAGGUGGUGAUUGAGGUGAGCCUCCCUCCUUUACAAUUAAGUACUUUGAAAUCAAUGAAAGGCCCCAUAUACUGUAUAUCCAGUUGAUUGUUCUUGCUCAGUUUGUUUUGAAGUGUUUGUGUUAAGUUCAGUUAAAGGCAGGGGACGUCCUUAAAAUGGCUGUGGUGUCCGAAUUGGUUUGACAUUCAUUCAUGCAGUCUUGCAGUGUUUUGGGAUUACUGAUGGCAGAACAGCAUUAAGUUACUCACAGUUACCUCAUUGUUUGGACUUUGGUGGAGGGUUUGGUGAGUAAAUCUGCUUUAGCCAGAUCAACAUUAGUAUUUGUACAGUUAUUUAUAAACUUAAGGACUGGAGUUUUAUUGAAUGUUUUAACCUGUGUAUAUUGCAAAGAAAAUCAACGAAUGCUUUGUUUAUAUGUGUAUGUUUACUUACAUUGUGCAUUUAUUAAUAAAAAACAUGCCAAAAGUACAAGUA